AUGGGUUCGGUUAUGGAAUAUUCUCAAGUCGAGAUUCCCACGCACUGUAAAGCGGGAGUGGUGGUCAACGAAGGUCCAGAUUUCCAUGUCGAAGUACAGAUGGUGCCUGUGCCACAACCAGGCCCCGACGAUGUUUUGAUCAAGCUGAACUACACUGGACUUUGCUCAUCCGACAUCCAUAUGAUGCAAGGAGACCUGGGUCUCCCGUUCAUGUCGGCGUUCGGUGUGCGCUCUCCGGGACAUGAAGGUGCGGGUGUAGUGGUCAAAGUCGGAGCCAAUGUGAAGACUUUCAAGUUAGGCGAUAGAGCCGGAAUCAAACCCAUGAUGGAUACAUGUGGAUCCUGUGCGCUUUGCUGGGAUGACAAGGAGACAUACUGCAAGGGCGCAAUUCUCACUGGUCUGAUGACGGCAGGUACUUACCAGCAAUACUUGGUAUCACCGGCACGAUAUGCAUCGCCAAUCCCGGAUGGGGUCCCCGAUGAAAUCGCCGGCCCAAUUAUGUGUAGUGCGAGCACUAUCUACAGAUCUCUGAGUGAAUCUAACCUUCGGUCGGGGGCUUGGGUUGUUUUCCCUGGCGGCGGGGGUGGUGUGGGGAUUCAAGGUGUGCAGCUGGCCAAAGCAAUGGGAAUGCGUCCGAUCGUGGUGGACACGGGAGAAUCCAAACAGAAGUUGGCACUCGAUAUGGGAGCGGAGGCCUUUGUGGAUUUCAAAGAAGCCGACCCCACCAAAGCUGUGAUUGAAAUUGCCGAUGGGGUCGGGGCUCAUGGGGUUUUUGUGACAGCCCCUGCUGCUUAUAAAACAGCAGUUUCAUUUAUCGGAGACCGUAUCGGAGGCAUUGUGAUGUGCAUUGGUCUUCCUGUUGCAGGGUCGAUGAUGAUAGGAGCCGAUCCCUGUCUGUACAUCUUCAAAAAUCUUACCAUCAAGGGCACCCUUGUCGGUAGCCGGAGUGAUACUGCCAUGGCGUUGGAUUUCGCACGACGAGGAGCACUACGGCAAAUUAGUCAGGUUUAUCCAUUGAAUCGCAUGCCCGAGGCUGUGGAGAAACUUCGGAAGGGGGAGGUUGCCGGAAGAAUUGUGGUCAAUUUCAACUGGGAGGAGUAG